GACCAGGCAUCCUCAACUGACGGGUAUGUUUAAUUUAUCCUUUCUUUAGAAACAGCAAUAUCUGAUCAUUUGAUUUAGGUCAGGCUGAUGUCAUUAAUACAUGAAAUGUAAAACAAUUCCAGAAAAGGUAUGCUUGCAUUUAUCCAAGAGUAUUUCCAAGAGUAUUUCUCAUAAAUUCUGACCUAAUGCUGCUCAUUCAUCAUGUUGAUUUAGUAUUGUAUGGAGUAAUGAUAAACUGUUGACUCCUGAGGAAGAAUUGAUUCUCCCAGAUCAUCCUAUACUUAUGAUAACCACUAUUUGUCUACAUGUAGUCGGCGUUCUACUUUACUACUGGUCUGUAGGCUGCCUUGCACAGUAAACUCCCAUCCAGCUGGCGGCGCUGUUGUGUUUCUGGGUUCGUCACCAACUAGAACAAAGAACGUCCCAAGAUUCCUUGACUAGAACACGGAAGUAGGAUUGGUAACGAGUUUUUAUUGUUCCUUGUGUGGAGUAAAGAAAGACAUACUUACUAAACUAAAUAGGCUACCCAUCUCUAAUUUUAUUAAAAUGUCUAAACUACAGAUGUUGUGUGUGUUUUUAAAUGAGCGUUUAUCGGCGGCUGCUGUGGAUAUUUUUGGGGCAGUUGAGAAAACGGUAGUGGAGUACCAGGAGGAGAAUGAUCGGCUACGGAGACUGCUGCGGAGGACACCAGAGAUACAACUAUGUAGAAUAGAACCCCUGCAGCUCUCUGUCUCUGAAGAGGAGGUUCCCCCUGAGCAGCAGCACUGUGAGCAGGAGUGGAGCCCCAGUCUGGGACAGGAGGACCCAGAGACCAAACAGAUUAAAGAGGAACAGGAGGAAGUCAGGACCAGUCAGGAGGAAGAGCAGCUUCAAGGGGUGGAGCCUGAUAUCAUAGAGUUCAUAUUUACUCCUCCUUGUGUGAAAAGUGAAUGUGAUCAGGAGGACCCACGUCAAGAUCCCAUACUUGCUGAACACCCAACUCUCCUGAAAAUGUCUAAACUACAGUCGUUUCAAGAGUUUUUAAAUGAGCGUUUAACGGCGUUUGCUGCUGUGGAGAUUUCUGGGGAAUUUGCUAAAAUGAUAGUGGAGUACCAAGAGGAGAAUGAUCUGCUACGGAGACUGCUGCGGAUCACACCAGAGAUACAACUAUGUAGAAUAGACUCCCUGCAGCUCUCUGUCUCUGAAGAGGAGGUUCCCCCUGAGCAGCAGCACUGUGAGCAGGAGUGGAGCCCCAGUCUGGGACAGAAGGACCCAGAGACCAAACAGAUUAAAGAGGAACAGGAGGAAGUCAGGACCAGUCAGGAGGAAGAGCAGCUUCAAGGGGUGGAGCCUGAUAUCAUGAAGUUCAUAUUCACUCCUUCCUGUGUGAAAAGUGAAUGUGAUCAGGAGGACCCAUGUCAAGAUCCCAUACUUGCUGAACACCCAACUCUCAGUCCACUGAAAAUGUCUAAACUACAGUCGUUUCAAGAGUUUUUAAAUGAGCGUUUAACGGCGUUUGCUGCUGUGGAGAUUUCUGGGGAAUUUGCUAAAAUGAUAGUGGAGUACCAAGAGGAGAAUGAUCGGCUACGGAGACUGCUGCGGAUCACACCAGAGAUACCGCUAUGUAGAAUAGACUCCCUGCAGCUCUCUGUCUCUGAAGAGGAGGUUCCCCCUGAGCAGCAGCACUGUGAGCAGGAGUGGAGUCCCAGUCUGGGACAGAAGGACCCAGAGACCACACUGAUUAAAGAGGAGCAGGAGGAAGUCAGGACCAGUCAGGAGGAAGAGCAGCUUCAAGGGGUGGAGCCUGAUAUCAUAGGGUUCAUUUUCUCUCCUUCCUGUGUGAAAAGUGAAUGUGAUCAGGAGGACCAAACCCAGACUGUGGAGAACAGAGAGAGAGACUCUAAACUAGUGGAUCUCAAACCUUCUGGCACUGUGACCCACAUUAAGGGUCUCUACAUUCCCUGUGACCCUACAGAUAAUCAAAACAAUGCCUCCGGACACAGUUCAGCUGUACGCAGCUACACAGUAGGACUUGACAGCAGUCCACCAUUGGAUCCCAGCCCACCAUUGGAUCCCAACUCACCAAUGGGGGAACACUGUUCCAAACUCAGCACCACAUCUAGAAAAACUCACAGCUGCCGUGACUGUGGUGAAACAUUUGCUCUGAAAGCUGACCUGCAGAGACAUGUGACUCUCACCAGGAAGAGACCCAGUGAAUGUAGAUUCUGCAAGAAACGCUACAACUCCACCUGUAAACUGAAGGCCCAUGUCCGACUCUGUCACAGUGGUAAACCCUGUGUCUGCCCUGUUUGUGGGAAGAUCUUCAAACAAAAAGGGCACCUGUCCAGGCACAUGAGGAUUCACACAGGAGAGAAACCAUUCAGUUGUGGUGACUGUGGGAAAAGCUUCCGUCUGAAGGGGCAUCUAACCAGGCACAAACUGAUUCACACAGGGGAAAAUCCAUUUAGCUGUGGUGAUUGUGGGAAAAGAUUCAGUCUCAAGCAGCAUCUAACCAGGCACAAACUGAUUCACACAGGAGAGAAACCUUUUAGCUGUGUCGACUGCGGGAAAAGCUUCAAUCUCAAGAAGACACUAACUGAACAUAUACGGACUCAUACUGGAGAGAAACCUUUUAGCUGUGGUGACUGUGGGAAAAGCUUUAGUGUCAAGAAGACACUAAUUGAACAUAUACGGACUCACACAGGAGAGAAGCCAUAUAGCUGUGGUGACUGUGGGAAAAGCUUCAGUGUCAAUAGGAACCUAACUAAGCACAAACUGACUCACACAGGAGAGAAACAACAUGGCUGCUCAGUCUGUGGUAAAAGAUUCAUUCAGAAGACUAAUCUGCUGAGGCAUGUCAAAAACAACCACAAAGAAUGAAAACAAGACAAAGGAACAAAGAAAGUAAAUGAGGACAUAGACACAGAGAGUGGACUAAGAGAGUAUUGAGAUACACCCAAGAUCCCCUGUGGACCAACUCUAACUGGUUCUCCUGAUCCUGCUCAGUCCAAAGUCACAGUAAUGAUAUAAUGUGGCUGUUGUCUGAACCUAACAGGCAAUGUUGCUGCUCUUUGUGUAGGAAAUGGACAAUCUGCAGUUCAGACAACCACCAGUUUUUAGGUGAACAACUGAGGGAUGGUGUUGGAGAGUUGUAAAACACUCAAAUUCAUAGACGGAUAUCAAAUUUGCCUGUUGCUACUUUGUUUCUUAAAGGAACCAUUAGAGGUGUCCACUACAAUGCAAGAUUUAGUUAGCUAGAGAUUUAGUAAGCUAGAGAUUUAGUAAGCUAGAGAUUUAGUUAGCUAGAGAUUUAGUCAGCUAGAGAUUUAGUCAGCUAGAGAUUUAGUCAGCUAGAGAUUUAGUUAGCUAGAGAUUUAGUCAGCUAGAGAUUUAGUCAGCUAGAGAUUUAGUCAGCUAGAGAUUUAGUCAGCUAGAGAUUUAGUUAGCUAGAGAUUUAGUCAGCUAGAGAUUUAGUCAGCUAGAGAUUUAGUUAGCUAGAGAUUUAGUCAGCUAGAGAUUUAGUGAGCUAGAGAUUUAGUCAGCUAGAGAUUUAGUCAGCUAGUUAACUAAAUAAACGUUGUAUGAAGAAAGAGAUAAACACCAAAUGGGCGUGGUCUAAUUGACUCAACGACCAAACAACGUAUGUAAGUGUAGAUUUCUUAAUGAGGCAGAAGAUCUCUAGGUAUUUCUGGUUGAUUGUUAAAGUGAUCUGUUUCAUUGACCCCCCCUCUGCAGUUCAAAUAAGAACAAAGUGGGAAACCUGCCACUGUUUUGGUAAACAACUGAGGGAACGGGUUGGAGAAAUGUAAAUAUUCAGACACAUCUGUGGAUGCCAGGACUGAUCACCCAUGAGAUCAAAAUAAUAGUUUUAACCAUAUUAUGUGGUUAUGCAGUGUUUGGUUGACAUUUUAGGUUCAUAUGUUUUGUGUUCUGAUGGGGGUAUGACUGUCCAAAGUCCAAAAUUCGAUGUACCAAUCACAGAUUGCCCCUUAAAACCCCCUAGGAGUUGAUUGACGCACCCGUGCGUCACAGGGCGACGUCAUUUUAAAUACAGAAUAUCUCCCUGUGUAUUUAUUAUCGCUGCUCCAGCUCCUCUUUCCGGCGACAUGACGUGUGCAGCUAUUCAAUAACACGGGGCUCGUGAAAGAGGCCUUUUUCUACACAGGAGAAGCUCUGGACAAGAAAAGAUUCACGGAAUCAUGUGUUAAUCCCAAACCGUGAUGUCUGAACCUAUGAUGCAAACUAAUGGCACCAAUGUCGAAAGGAGAGGCCUGUUUGGCUCUAUGACAUCUACAAGUUUAAGUUUCCUCUGAACUCUGUCACAGACUACGUCAUUUCCAAGAGGUGUCACAAAAACCCACUGUCCCGACCAAACCGUUGGUGCUACAAACAAGUGUCACCAAUAUUCAGUGGUGUAAAGUACUUAAAAGUAUUAAUUCAGUUGUUUUUUGGGGGGGGUAUCUGUACUUAGA